AAAAUCGCUGACUAGAACAACCCCAACGGAGGCGGUGGACCACUUGCGGCCGAACAAGCCGAGAUCCGAGCGUCCCUAGGCCACUUUGGCCCCCGCUGCUAUUUGUUGUGCUGCUGGCUGCCCGUGGAGCUUGUAGGCUGCAAGUGCCGAGGAUAUGACCGGUGUGUUUCAGGCCGUUUGGCUCACCGUGUGAGGGACAAAUCGGUCCCAAAUCGGCGGGAGGUGAUCAUCCAAGUCCGAUUGAGGUGAGCCGAGGCCGUAUUUCGGCUGAACGCCGAAGCGAUGUCUAUCCCUAACAUUCACUGUUGUGUUUUGUGCGGCAGAAUGAAUAGGUCCGAACCGACCGUCGACCGUGAUCACGGUUGCUCUAUUAGUGGCUGGUUGCUUGUUGGACAGGCUAUUGCCUGGCCGACAGUGGGCUGUAACAUACAGCCGCAGCAACAGUGCUGUACUGCUGACAUAGGACGGCAUUUGGGCAUCUGAUGCCUCCUGCACAGUUUUCGUAGCCUACACUAGCGACAGUUCGUCCCGCGACGGCGACGACUGGCCAACUGUCCCCUGAAUCGUGUGAGGUUAGCCAAACCUCCAAAAUCGUCGUGUUUCGUUUCUCUGGCGUAUCUGUCUAUCCACCAUUUGGGUGUCUGUCUUGGCACUGGUACAAGGCAAUAAUAGCGGACUGCUGGUGCGGGUGAUGUUGCGGAGACGGCCUACGGCUGUUAGUGUUGAUGGUACUGAGCACCAGCAGCAGAAGCAGUAUCAACGCUACUGCUGCUUUUCGUACUGCGAGAGAUGGAUGCCGAGCGGCCGAGUUUACGGAGAUCCGUAAAACGCGUUGUUCUAGCGCCGCCGCCGCCGUCGUCGUCGUUGCAUUUGCGGUUUUUCAGUAGCGGCAACUGCGGCGGUGGUAGCGAUUGGUGGCGGUGGUGGUAACGGCGAGCGAGCAUCGAGAUUCUGUGGGGGAGACAUGCCCAGAGUUUUGUUGUCUGGCCCCGUGUUGUCUCGGUGUCUUUCGUCCUGGGCUAGAAAGAAAACUUUGGCGAUUUUGACUCACUGUGACCAAUCGUCGCAGUUUAAGUGUGCGUUCAAUUUGAUGGCGCCCGACUCUUCCGUUUAUCAUUGGUAUCAGCUUGUGUAUCGCCGCCAGUCAGGUGGUAAUUGCCGUGUUGAUACUUGCUGUUAAAGAUAGAAUAAUGUAAUGGUCUCAGUAGGUGUCAUCGCAGGGAUCACAACAGCACCGUUUGCUCGUGCUGUGUUGUCUACCUGCCAGAUCAUAGUACUGAUCCAAACAACAAUAACAACAGCAAUUAUCACAAAUGCUGUCGCUUGCUAGCCACCAUUCGAUUAAGUUUCGGGCAUCCAUCUCUUCCUAGAUGUGACUGUAUACGUGAGUGAGCGCCGCAAUCAUUAGCGUACACUGCUUCGUGCGUCGCGCUGAAUAUGUUUCAGCGAACGAAUGCUGUGUUUGUUUAUUUGUUUGUUGUUUAUCUGUUUGUGUGUGAUCCUACCCGUGUGUAGUAGCCACUCUCAACAACAAUGUACUAAUGAGACGAUGCUCAGGACGACGUAAAUUAUGAGAAAAUUUGUUUUCCAGGGGAGGGGGCGGCUUCGUAAGCUAGCUAUGUGCAGUGUUACUCACCGUUCGAGCUUUCUAUACACUAUCUAAUGUGUCUAAUAUUGUUAUGUUGUGUAUGGCGUCUUUCUUUCGACGUGUGUGUAUGUGUGUGUGUCUCUGUGUGCGUUUCAAUUUCAGGUGUGAUAGCGACAUGGCCCGGAGUGAAGCAGAAGUUUGCAGCAGCAGAACAACUAACAGCGACGACGGCAUUCACAGCAGCAGCAGCAUCAUCGCCACUAACACCAACAGCAGCGAGGGUCGUAUAAGCUGAACGUUAACGUAGCCGAGUGACCAGCGGCGAGCGAAGAAGAUCGAAGUCGAAUGAAGGAAGAAGACGCUCGCUUGCGCUCAUAGUGAACAAGCGCCGAAAGAGAGCAAGUCAAAUCAACUUAGCCAGGCUACGAAGAAGUCAAUAAAAUCGAAUAUCGUUACUAAUCAUCGUACAUUGUACAAUACCGUAUGUCGUGCAUUGCUGUGUCGGGGGAGUCUUCGCGCUGGGCUCAAGUUGUGCGUGAUAGCCUUCGGGUCCAUGUGUGACUGGAUGCCCUCGGUCUAGCUAGUGUGCAAACCACACGCACGAACGCAGGCAAAUCCAGUAGCGGUCCUGCUCUCACCUCCAUUACUGUUCUCUUUAUGCGCCUGACGGAGUUCUCACUGUUUUGCAAGUGAGUGCAAAAAGCCCAACUCAAGAAAACAAAAGAACAAGCCCUAAACUAAUCUCAACAAUUUCAACAUCGAUUUGGCUUAAAUAUUCAUUCGUUCGUUUGUGUAGCUACUAACGAUAAGGAGCACAGUUCCCUUAAGGACUCCGUUAGGCGGGCAGGCUGUGACGACGGGCAACAAACAGCUCUGCGGUGGGGUGCUGUUGUACUGGUGUUUGUAUCGUGACGUACUGCGACGCACAGCGGCCCACUGCCAGCUACUGACAAUAAUAAUCAUAAUAUUAACGCUUGUGCCUAGUUAGUGAUUUGUGUAUUGUGCAAGGUGGACAAAGCAGCGGCAAUAGCAUCAACAGCUACACCUGCAGCUGCUUCGACACGGACAGUUGCGACUGCAAUCCAAUAACAGUAACACUACUAAAAUAGCCGGAUAGCCGUACAAUAAUAAAAAUAAUAAUUAUAAUAGUAAAGCAAAAUCAACGGUCGACUGUUGAAAACCAGAACUGCAUCAAUCACAAGAACUCGAAUGGUGAUUGAGUAAAGUGCGCCAAGUGUUCCCAUUCAGCUAAAGACAGCGGACAGACAGGAAAAUAAAGAAACUUUGACUGCCAGCCAGCUCAUCAACCCGGCAAUCUUCGCUUUUUGCGAUCCCUCGAUUGUUGUUAUCGUCUGAUGCUCAUCCCGUUGGUAUCUUCAAUCGCAUUAUAUCCAUAAAUCUUCCAAUAGUGGCUGACUUUAUUCAACCCCUUCCUUCCUCCGCCGUGGAAUUUGUACGCUGUCUAUGUGACUGUUCGUCCCGCGUCCGUCUCUAAGAUGCAGGAUGCCGUCCGUGACACACACGCAGCAGCAGCAGUAGUGAUCCAUUCGAGUCUCUACAACGGUAGCCCGCUCGCCAGGGCCCGGAGGGCCUCGGCGCGAUAGAGAAGCGGUCAGAGGACGCGCCGUGAAGACGCGCGAGGCUUUGGGAGGGGUUGCUGAUACAGGCCAGCGCAGCCUCCCCGCACCCUCCGCAAGCAUGGCCGACCACCUUGUGGAUGCCGGGCCUCCGACCAAGAGGCCCAAGGUCUCCGACCCGACAAUGGGAGACUUCAAUGCGCUUCUCGACCUCGAAGCGGAGUUGCCCGAAGAGUUGAUGACUGGUACCGGCGGGGGUCUGGGUCAUCAAAAUGGCGCGCAGAACGGGUUACCUCCGGGUGGCCAGAUGGCCAAUGGUGCAGGCCCGGUUGACCCGAACGGCGGUCAGGUUGGAGUGGGCCCGGUACAGCAAGGCACUGGGGUACCAAAUCCACAGCUUUCUCAGAUGCUUGGCCAGCCGCCCGUACCUCAACAACCCCAGCAACCUCCGCCGUCCAACGUUAUUCAACAGCAUCAGCACCUAUCGCAAUUGCUGCAGAAUAAGCCACCCCAGAACACGGUUGUCAACACUUCACUGGGGCAAAUGUUAUCUCAAGGGGUGAACAAAACGAUAUUAGUGAGCAACGGGCCAACAGGCGGAAUGCGUGGACCAGGUCAGACCCUCGGAAAUCGUUUCGGAGGACAGCCGCCGCAUUACGGACCAGGUCUCAUGUCAAUCGCGCAACAAACGCCCAUGCAGGCCCAACAACAACAACAACGACCAAUUAUGGUCCAGCAACAGCCUGCCAGGUAUCAAAUGAUGAGCGAUAUACAAACAGGCCAGACAGGUCCUAUGGGCAAUCAUAUAAUAAACCAGUCUGGGCAAGUCGGCCAAGUGAAUCAAAAUGUUGUAGGACAUCAAGGUGUGCAAGGUGCCGUUGUGGGCGGGCCAAUUUGUCCAGCAGGCCCUAUGAUGAAUCAAGGUCCUAUGAAUCCUCAGCAGCAAGGACCACCUCAGAACCAAGGACCUAAUGCACCCAGUCAACCGGGGCUACCGACUGGGAUUAACGCGGCACCCAUGAAUGCGUCGCAAGGCGGACCAGGUGGCGCUUCUGGAAGCGGUAACGGUCCAGUCGUAGGACCGACGGCCGGAGGUCCAGGAGGACCCAGUGGACAGGGGCCAGGUCCUGGCGCAGGACAGGCGGCCGGUGAUCCCGAAAAAAGAAAACUAAUUCAGCAGCAGUUGGUGCUUUUGCUGCAUGCACAUAAAUGCCAGAGGCGUGAGCACCAGAAUGGCGCUAUUCCCGGUGGUGCACAGCAAAGGCAAUGCAUGGUGCCACACUGCAGAACGAUGAAGACUGUCCUCAACCACAUGUCACAAUGUAUGGACGGAAGGGACUGCUCGGUAACGCAUUGUACAUCAUCGCGCCAGAUUAUCUCCCACUGGAAGAACUGUACGCGCAACGAUUGUCCGAUUUGUCUUCCUCUCAAGCAGGCUGGAGAUCGAAGGCAGGGUAACCAGCCGGGCCAGCAGGGCCAACAACAAGCCCCUUCUGGACAGGUGGGCCAAGGCCCCGGGCAGCUCAUGCCGGGAGGUAUACCAGGUCAACAGGGACCUCCACAGGGUCAGGGCGCACCGCAGCAAGGGGGUCCGAGCCAGCAGCCCAGUGGUCAGCCUGGCCUUGGUCAAAGCCAGGCUGGCCCGGGGGCUCCCAACAACAUGACCGGACAGCAAUCGGGUCCUAUCGGCCCGCAGACCGGCGUACCCAUUGGGCCAGGCGUACGGCAGCAAGCUCCGCAGAACUCAAUACCUGGACCCCAGCAGCAACCACAGCAGAAUUCGCAACAGGCGUCACCUGCCGAUAUGCAGCGGGCGUAUGCUGCUCUUGGUCUACCAUAUGCUCCGUCACAAAACCAGGCGAGCCAAAUCGUUGGUAGUAUGGGGUCAGUUGGUCCGGGAAGCGGCAUGGGGGGCGUAGGGGUAACACCAGGAUCUCAGCCGGCGCCUAACCCAACCCCACCGCCAUCUCACAGCCCCUUCAUGGCGCCCGUGUCGCCAAAUAGGAUGAACAAUCAGCAAGCUGGACAGCCGGGCGCCAAGGAGUGGCAUAAUUCAGUCACCCGUGACCUACGUCAGCAUCUUGUGCAAAAGAUCGUCCAGGCUAUUUUUCCAACGCCAGACCCGAACGCUAUGCAAGAUCGUCGAAUGGUAAAUCUUGUCGCAUACGCCAAGAAGGUUGAAGGAGAUAUGUACGAUCAGGCGAAUUCACGUGAGGAGUACUACCACCUUUUGGCCGAGAAGAUUUACAAAAUCCAAAAAGAACUCGAAGAGAAACGACAGAGACGGCGAGAGCAGCAACAACAACAGCAGCAACAACCUCAACAACAACAACAGCAACAACAGCAGCAGCAGCAGCAGCAGCAACAACAACAACAACAACAACAGCAACAACAACAACAACAGCAGCAGCAGCAGCAGCAGCAGCAACAACAACAACAACAACAAGGAAUGCAGCCUGGCGGUCCCGUCGGGGCAUCGGCGGCAGGACAAGCUCCUGGGCCGGGUCCUUCAAUGCGAAUGCCAGGACCACUUCCUGGUCCGCCACCCAGUCAACCACAGAUUGGUUUACGCGGACAGCCACCACCCAACGUCACUAUCAACAAUACGAUGACUGGCCCACCCAGUUUUCAAGGCCAAGGCAUGCCCCAGUCAGGAAUGGGUCCUAAUUCCAAUUUCCUGAACAACCAACAGCCGCAAACUGGACCAGGACCUAUGGGAGCACCGUCACAUCAACCAGCUCAGACACAACAACAAAUCAAUGACUUCAACCAGCAACAAGCUCAAUUCGAGCAGGUAAUGAAGCAGCGCCAAAUGCAGCAAAGUGGCGGUCCGGUGGUGGCCAUGGCCAGUUCGCAAGGUGGUCCAGGAACGUUAGGUAUUGGAGGGCCACUUGGCACGAACCAGCAGCAACAACAACAGCAACAGCAGUCGAACGGAGGUCAGAAUAACGGCCAACUAACUGCGCAACCUGGUCAUGGCCAGCCGGGGUCCGGGUCGACGAUGGGCGGCGGUUCUGGUCUGAUGCCGCCACGCACGGCGCUCGGCGGUGGCCUUAUGAGCAGCCUACAGCAGCCACCAAAUCAGCUGCCUGAUGCCAUAUUGGCCACGGAGGAGCCGGCCGAGCUCGAGCCUAAGCCGGCCGUCGACUCCAACCUGCUGGCCAGUCAGCUAUCCACAGGACUAAAACAGGCAAGUGCAGUCGGCCAGACCACAUCGGGUGGUCCCUUGACGGGGGCGGCCACAGGGGCACAGCAGCCUCAACCGCCCGGUCCUAACCCAAUGCCACUUCAGAGUGCGGGCAGCGGACCGGGCCCAGCGCCGCAGGCGCCUCCCCUCCCCGAUAGUACAACUUCGGAUAGGUUCCAUGCAGCAGGUUCCGGGGCAACCCCAAACCCCCUCGCGCCCUCAGGGCCAGCCGUCGGUGCUACGCCGAGCCAGUUCACUAGUGCACAACACGGCUCGGAGGCUCCCACUAGUUCCCUAGGGUCAUCGGAGACUCAGCAGAACCAAAGUGGCCCAGCUGGAGGUGUUACAUCGGUAGGGCCUCCGCCAUCAGUAAACGCACCCGACAGUGUGCAAAGCAUCAAACAGGAACCUCCCAGUUCAGUUCCUGAUCAUAACCCCGCCUCGGUCGGCGGUAAGGUUACUUCGGCCAUCAAGCAGGAAGCUAUGGACUUCGACAGUAAGCCUGCAUCUGUAAAACAAGAGGCGCCAGGAAGCGUACAGAGUUCUCAGAGCGUUCAAGCCGAGAUGAAGACUGAGAAUGGAGAUGUAAAAAUAGAAGUGAAAGAUGAGAAGCCGCCAAGUGUAGCGUCAAGUGAGACGGCAACGCCUAAACCAGCGGGCACCAAAGUGCCACGAAAGGCCUUUAAACCUGACGAGCUUCGGCAAGCGUUAAUGCCGACACUAGAGAAGCUCUAUCGACAGGACCCGGAGAGCUUACCAUUCCGUCAGCCGGUGGACCCACAAGUGCUGCAGAUCCCCGAUUACUUCGACAUCGUCAAGAAACCGAUGGACCUUUCGACCAUCAAGAGAAAAUUGGAUACUGGUCAAUACAAAGAUCCGUGGGAGUACUGUGACGACGUCUGGCUCAUGUUCGACAACGCCUGGCUGUAUAACCGCAAGACAUCGCGUGUGUACAAGUACUGCACAAAGCUUGCAGAGGUGUUUGAGGCGGAGAUCGAUCCCGUCAUGUCGUCAUUGGGCUAUUGCUGUGGCAGGAAGUACGUGUAUCAGCCGCAAGUGCUCUGCUGCUUCGGAAAGCAGCUUUGUGCCAUCCCCAGAGACACUAAGUAUUUCAGCUACCAAAACCGUUAUACAUAUUGCGCCAAAUGCUUUGAGGAAAUACCGGGAGAAACUGUAACAAUAUCAGAUGACCCAACAGGUGCUAACCCACAGUGGCCUAGCCAAACGAUUCCUAAAAAGCAGUUCGUUGAGAUGAAGAAUGAUCAUCUCGAGCUUGAACCUUUUGUCGAGUGUUCUGAUUGCGGACGCAAACUUCACCAAGUUUGUGUUCUGCAUUUCGGAAAUAUAUGGCCAGAAGGAUUCACCUGCGAUGGAUGCCUCAAAGCUAAGGGAUCGAAGCGACGCGAAAACAAGUUCUGCGCAAAGCGACUGCCGACGUGCAAGUUGUCCAAUUUUCUCGAAAACAGGGUCAACACCUACUUGAAGAAGAAGAACUCGGGCGCGGGCGAGGUGUUCAUUCGCGUCGUGGCCGUCUCGGACAAGAUGGUGGAGGUUAAGCCUGGCAUGAAAUCCCGCUUCGUUGAUACCGGAGUGUGGCCAGAGACUUUUCCAUACCGCGCGAAGUGUAUGUUCGCUUUUGAGGACAUCGACGGCGCGGACACCUGUUUCUUCGGAAUGCAUGUGCAGGAGUACGGCCAUGAGGCGCGCGCGCCCAACACCCGGAGAGUGUACAUUGCGUACCUCGACUCUGUGCACUUCUUCAGACCCAAGCAGUAUCGGACGGCAGUAUACCAUGAAAUAUUAUUAGGCUAUCUGGAAUAUGUCAAGCAACUAGGCUAUGUUAUGGCCCAUAUUUGGGCGUGCCCUCCGAGCGAGGGAGACGAUUAUAUUUUCCAUUGCCAUCCUACGGAGCAAAAGAUACCCAAGCCAAAGCGGCUACAAGAUUGGUACAAGAAAAUGUUGGACAAAGCAAUCAUCGAGAGAAUCGUCAUCGAAUACAAAGAUAUCCAUAAGCAGGCGCUAGAAGACAACCUCAAGUCGGCGAGCGAACUGCCCUAUUUUGAAGGAGAUUUCUGGCCAAAUGUGCUGGAGGACUCGAUUAAAGAGCUGGACCAAGAAGAGGAGGAGCGGCGCAAGCAGGAAGCACUGGCAGCAGAUGCGUCAUGUGAAGCCGACGAAGCUGAUGGACCUGAUGAUCCCGCGAAUCCGGGCAAGAAGAAGGCCCAGAAAAACCGCAAGAGUAAAAACCAGCAACGGAAAAACAACAAGAAGAGCAAUUCGGCUCACGGUGGUAAUGAUCUCACCGGAAAGGUGUUUGCCACAAUGGACAAACACAAGGAAAACUUCUUUACGAUACGGUUACAUUCAGCUCAGGCUGCCGCGAGCCUACCACCCAUCAAUGAUCCCGAUCCGUUAAUGUCAUGUGAGCUUAUGGAUGGCCGAGAUGCGUUCCUAACGCUAGCUCGCGAGAAACAUUAUGAGUUUUCAUCGUACCGUCGGUGUCGUUACAGCUCGAUGGCUAUGUUGUACGAGCUACAUAACCAGAACAAGGACUCGUUCGUGUACACGUGUAACAGCUGCAAAGCCAACGUCGAAACACGUUACCAUUGUACCGUGUGCGACGACUUCGAUCUCUGUGUACCGUGUUACAAAAAGGAUGGCCACCCUCACAAGAUGGAACGGUUAGGUCUCGAUCUCGACGACGGUUCAGGCGGCAGUGACUCGUCGAGUGUGUCCGGAACCGCCAAUCCCCAGGAUCGACGCCAGUCGAUUCAGCGUUGUAUCGCAUCGCUGGUGCACGCAUGCCAGUGCCGCAAUGCCAACUGCUGCCAGCCGUCGUGCCAGAGGAUGAAAAGGGUCGUCACGCACGCGAAAUCAUGUAAGCGAAAGACCAAUAAUGGCUGCCAUAUUUGCAAGCAGCUUAUAGCGCUAUGCGUAUAUCAUGCCAAGCACUGCCAGGAGGCGAAAUGUUUGGUUCCAUAUUGUCCCAACAUCAAAGCAAAACUUCGUCAGACUCAGUUGGAACAACGGGUGCUGCAGGCCCAAAUCCUUAAUCGGCGCAUUGCCGCGAUGCAAAAUCGCGUUAUGUCGAGCACAGCCAGUUCGACGGCAGCCAACAUGACCGGCGUCAGCUCCGCCUCGGCCGGCGGUGCCUGCUCGUCCGCACCUGCCGCGCAACCCACGCAACCGUCACCCGCGCCAAGUCCGUUAGGCGGUGGCACUAUGAGCGGCCUACCAGGCGGCGGGAUGUCACAAGGAAAACCAGGAAGCGGACCGUCACCGGGCGUCAUGCAAGCUCUACAACAUGUCCAGGCAUCCGUGGCACGACAAACUAGCCAAGCGGGUCAUAUGAUGCAAGGAGGAGGUCAGUACGGAGGCGCAAACAACGGCGGCUCGAUGGGCCCUGGAGGUGGUGUAACAGGCGUGGGAGGAGGUGGUAAGCCCAUGGGCGGUGUAGGUGGCCAACAAAUGGGGGCGCCCGGCGGCCCUCAGAUGUCCGCUGGGCCCGGUGGACCGAUGCAGCCGCAGCAACAACAGCAGCAGCCGCAGCGGCCCAUGAACCCGGGCACGAUGGGCCAACAGCGCUGGGAGUCGCCGCCACCCGGCUACCAACAGGGCAGUCAACAGCAAAUGGUGUCACAGCAGCAACAAAUGGGCCAGCCGGGGCCGGGCCAACAGCAGCAGCAGCAGCAACCACAACAGCAGCAAAUGACCGGUCCCUCAAAUCAGCCCCAGAUGGGUCAGAUGGACCAUGGAGGGCCCCAGCCCGUAGGUAUGGGUCAGCAGCCCAUGGGGGGCCUCGGUGGCCAGCCAGGCAUGGGCCAACAACCCGGCAUGGGUCAAGGUCGUGGACCGGUGGCCAUGGGACCUCCUCGUGGCGGCCAAGCUAUGAACCCACUUCAACAGCUUAUUCAAACCCUUAAGAGCCCAUCUAGCCCACAGCAACAGCAACAGGUACUGUCCAUUCUCCGAGCGAACCCGCAGCUGAUGGCUGCCUUUAUCAGACGCCAGCAAAAUCAUCAACAGAGUCAACAGCAGCAACAGCAGCAGCAACAACAACAACAAAAUCCGCAGGGUCAACAAGCAGGCGCUGGACAGCCGCAGAUGGGCCAGGGCGUCGGUGCGGUAGGGGUGAACCCCCAGCAAGGUGGUAUGGUUCCAGGCGCACCCCAGGUAGGCGGUCAACAGCAGCAACAGCAGCAGCAACAACAGCAACAACAGCAAUGGGGCUACCAACGGCCGCAGAUGGGCCCUGGCCAGCAACAGCAGCAAAUGAUGCAACAGCAACGGUUUCCCGGACCUGGCCCCCAGCAGGUCAUGUAUCAACAAAGAGUUGGAGGACCUCAACAGCAGCGUGUAUAUCAUCAGGGCCACCAACAGUUUCAGCAGUCAUUAACAGGCUAUCCGGGUCAGAAUCAACAGGCUAUGGGCUCACCAAUGGGCGCGCCGAUGAUCAAUUCGCCACCGCCAAACAUGGUCACCCGAAGUCCACAGCCACAGCCAAGCCCACGACCAUCACCUUCGCCGCGCGGCGGUUACGUAGGCGGCGGCGGCGGAAUGGGCGGAGGCGGUGGACCAGAUGACGCCCUAAUGGGCGGUCACAUGGGCGCCCACAUGGGUCAGCAGCCAGGGCCAUCCGACCAGGGUAUGGCUGGCCACGCCACACAUAUGGAAACCGACCAAAUGGCGGCAGCUAUGCAACAACAGCAACAGCAGCAGCAGCAACAACAACAGCAGCUCACUCCGCAGGAACAGCUAAAUAAGUUUGUAGAGAAUCUUCGCUUACCUGGUUUUGUGACGGAGCAUAUGGUAGACCAAGAGCAGCAUACGCCCGCUGCAUAUCGGCAGGUGACGCCUGUUGCGAAUUCUGCUGUGGUUGCUGCUGGGGUCCAGGUAUUGAGUUCUGCGGAGCUUGCUGCCGUACGCCUGGCCCAAUGGCAACAACAACAACAACAGCAGCAGCAGCAGCAGCAGCAGCAACAACAACAACAACAACAAGGAAUGCAGCCUGGCGGUCCCGUCGGGGCAUCGGCGGCAGGACAAGCUCCUGGGCCGGGUCCUUCAAUGCGAAUGCCAGGACCACUUCCUGGUCCGCCACCCAGUCAACCACAGAUUGGUUUACGCGGACAGCCACCACCCAACGUCACUAUCAACAAUACGAUGACUGGCCCACCCAGUUUUCAAGGCCAAGGCAUGCCCCAGUCAGGAAUGGGUCCUAAUUCCAAUUUCCUGAACAACCAACAGCCGCAAACUGGACCAGGACCUAUGGGAGCACCGUCACAUCAACCAGCUCAGACACAACAACAAAUCAAUGACUUCAACCAGCAACAAGCUCAAUUCGAGCAGGUAAUGAAGCAGCGCCAAAUGCAGCAAAGUGGCGGUCCGGUGGUGGCCAUGGCCAGUUCGCAAGGUGGUCCAGGAACGUUAGGUAUUGGAGGGCCACUUGGCACGAACCAGCAGCAACAACAACAGCAACAGCAGUCGAACGGAGGUCAGAAUAACGGCCAACUAACUGCGCAACCUGGUCAUGGCCAGCCGGGGUCCGGGUCGACGAUGGGCGGCGGUUCUGGUCUGAUGCCGCCACGCACGGCGCUCGGCGGUGGCCUUAUGAGCAGCCUACAGCAGCCACCAAAUCAGCUGCCUGAUGCCAUAUUGGCCACGGAGGAGCCGGCCGAGCUCGAGCCUAAGCCGGCCGUCGACUCCAACCUGCUGGCCAGUCAGCUAUCCACAGGACUAAAACAGGCAAGUGCAGUCGGCCAGACCACAUCGGGUGGUCCCUUGACGGGGGCGGCCACAGGGGCACAGCAGCCUCAACCGCCCGGUCCUAACCCAAUGCCACUUCAGAGUGCGGGCAGCGGACCGGGCCCAGCGCCGCAGGCGCCUCCCCUCCCCGAUAGUACAACUUCGGAUAGGUUCCAUGCAGCAGGUUCCGGGGCAACCCCAAACCCCCUCGCGCCCUCAGGGCCAGCCGUCGGUGCUACGCCGAGCCAGUUCACUAGUGCACAACACGGCUCGGAGGCUCCCACUAGUUCCCUAGGGUCAUCGGAGACUCAGCAGAACCAAAGUGGCCCAGCUGGAGGUGUUACAUCGGUAGGGCCUCCGCCAUCAGUAAACGCACCCGACAGUGUGCAAAGCAUCAAACAGGAACCUCCCAGUUCAGUUCCUGAUCAUAACCCCGCCUCGGUCGGCGGUAAGGUUACUUCGGCCAUCAAGCAGGAAGCUAUGGACUUCGACAGUAAGCCUGCAUCUGUAAAACAAGAGGCGCCAGGAAGCGUACAGAGUUCUCAGAGCGUUCAAGCCGAGAUGAAGACUGAGAAUGGAGAUGUAAAAAUAGAAGUGAAAGAUGAGAAGCCGCCAAGUGUAGCGUCAAGUGAGACGGCAACGCCUAAACCAGCGGGCACCAAAGUGCCACGAAAGGCCUUUAAACCUGACGAGCUUCGGCAAGCGUUAAUGCCGACACUAGAGAAGCUCUAUCGACAGGACCCGGAGAGCUUACCAUUCCGUCAGCCGGUGGACCCACAAGUGCUGCAGAUCCCCGAUUACUUCGACAUCGUCAAGAAACCGAUGGACCUUUCGACCAUCAAGAGAAAAUUGGAUACUGGUCAAUACAAAGAUCCGUGGGAGUACUGUGACGACGUCUGGCUCAUGUUCGACAACGCCUGGCUGUAUAACCGCAAGACAUCGCGUGUGUACAAGUACUGCACAAAGCUUGCAGAGGUGUUUGAGGCGGAGAUCGAUCCCGUCAUGUCGUCAUUGGGCUAUUGCUGUGGCAGGAAGUACGUGUAUCAGCCGCAAGUGCUCUGCUGCUUCGGAAAGCAGCUUUGUGCCAUCCCCAGAGACACUAAGUAUUUCAGCUACCAAAACCGUUAUACAUAUUGCGCCAAAUGCUUUGAGGAAAUACCGGGAGAAACUGUAACAAUAUCAGAUGACCCAACAGGUGCUAACCCACAGUGGCCUAGCCAAACGAUUCCUAAAAAGCAGUUCGUUGAGAUGAAGAAUGAUCAUCUCGAGCUUGAACCUUUUGUCGAGUGUUCUGAUUGCGGACGCAAACUUCACCAAGUUUGUGUUCUGCAUUUCGGAAAUAUAUGGCCAGAAGGAUUCACCUGCGAUGGAUGCCUCAAAGCUAAGGGAUCGAAGCGACGCGAAAACAAGUUCUGCGCAAAGCGACUGCCGACGUGCAAGUUGUCCAAUUUUCUCGAAAACAGGGUCAACACCUACUUGAAGAAGAAGAACUCGGGCGCGGGCGAGGUGUUCAUUCGCGUCGUGGCCGUCUCGGACAAGAUGGUGGAGGUUAAGCCUGGCAUGAAAUCCCGCUUCGUUGAUACCGGAGUGUGGCCAGAGACUUUUCCAUACCGCGCGAAGUGUAUGUUCGCUUUUGAGGACAUCGACGGCGCGGACACCUGUUUCUUCGGAAUGCAUGUGCAGGAGUACGGCCAUGAGGCGCGCGCGCCCAACACCCGGAGAGUGUACAUUGCGUACCUCGACUCUGUGCACUUCUUCAGACCCAAGCAGUAUCGGACGGCAGUAUACCAUGAAAUAUUAUUAGGCUAUCUGGAAUAUGUCAAGCAACUAGGCUAUGUUAUGGCCCAUAUUUGGGCGUGCCCUCCGAGCGAGGGAGACGAUUAUAUUUUCCAUUGCCAUCCUACGGAGCAAAAGAUACCCAAGCCAAAGCGGCUACAAGAUUGGUACAAGAAAAUGUUGGACAAAGCAAUCAUCGAGAGAAUCGUCAUCGAAUACAAAGAUAUCCAUAAGCAGGCGCUAGAAGACAACCUCAAGUCGGCGAGCGAACUGCCCUAUUUUGAAGGAGAUUUCUGGCCAAAUGUGCUGGAGGACUCGAUUAAAGAGCUGGACCAAGAAGAGGAGGAGCGGCGCAAGCAGGAAGCACUGGCAGCAGAUGCGUCAUGUGAAGCCGACGAAGCUGAUGGACCUGAUGAUCCCGCGAAUCCGGGCAAGAAGAAGGCCCAGAAAAACCGCAAGAGUAAAAACCAGCAACGGAAAAACAACAAGAAGAGCAAUUCGGCUCACGGUGGUAAUGAUCUCACCGGAAAGGUGUUUGCCACAAUGGACAAACACAAGGAAAACUUCUUUACGAUACGGUUACAUUCAGCUCAGGCUGCCGCGAGCCUACCACCCAUCAAUGAUCCCGAUCCGUUAAUGUCAUGUGAGCUUAUGGAUGGCCGAGAUGCGUUCCUAACGCUAGCUCGCGAGAAACAUUAUGAGUUUUCAUCGUACCGUCGGUGUCGUUACAGCUCGAUGGCUAUGUUGUACGAGCUACAUAACCAGAACAAGGACUCGUUCGUGUACACGUGUAACAGCUGCAAAGCCAACGUCGAAACACGUUACCAUUGUACCGUGUGCGACGACUUCGAUCUCUGUGUACCGUGUUACAAAAAGGAUGGCCACCCUCACAAGAUGGAACGGUUAGGUCUCGAUCUCGACGACGGUUCAGGCGGCAGUGACUCGUCGAGUGUGUCCGGAACCGCCAAUCCCCAGGAUCGACGCCAGUCGAUUCAGCGUUGUAUCGCAUCGCUGGUGCACGCAUGCCAGUGCCGCAAUGCCAACUGCUGCCAGCCGUCGUGCCAGAGGAUGAAAAGGGUCGUCACGCACGCGAAAUCAUGUAAGCGAAAGACCAAUAAUGGCUGCCAUAUUUGCAAGCAGCUUAUAGCGCUAUGCGUAUAUCAUGCCAAGCACUGCCAGGAGGCGAAAUGUUUGGUUCCAUAUUGUCCCAACAUCAAAGCAAAACUUCGUCAGACUCAGUUGGAACAACGGGUGCUGCAGGCCCAAAUCCUUAAUCGGCGCAUUGCCGCGAUGCAAAAUCGCGUUAUGUCGAGCACAGCCAGUUCGACGGCAGCCAACAUGACCGGCGUCAGCUCCGCCUCGGCCGGCGGUGCCUGCUCGUCCGCACCUGCCGCGCAACCCACGCAACCGUCACCCGCGCCAAGUCCGUUAGGCGGUGGCACUAUGAGCGGCCUACCAGGCGGCGGGAUGUCACAAGGAAAACCAGGAAGCGGACCGUCACCGGGCGUCAUGCAAGCUCUACAACAUGUCCAGGCAUCCGUGGCACGACAAACUAGCCAAGCGGGUCAUAUGAUGCAAGGAGGAGGUCAGUACGGAGGCGCAAACAACGGCGGCUCGAUGGGCCCUGGAGGUGGUGUAACAGGCGUGGGAGGAGGUGGUAAGCCCAUGGGCGGUGUAGGUGGCCAACAAAUGGGGGCGCCCGGCGGCCCUCAGAUGUCCGCUGGGCCCGGUGGACCGAUGCAGCCGCAGCAACAACAGCAGCAGCCGCAGCGGCCCAUGAACCCGGGCACGAUGGGCCAACAGCGCUGGGAGUCGCCGCCACCCGGCUACCAACAGGGCAGUCAACAGCAAAUGGUGUCACAGCAGCAACAAAUGGGCCAGCCGGGGCCGGGCCAACAGCAGCAGCAGCAGCAACCACAACAGCAGCAAAUGACCGGUCCCUCAAAUCAGCCCCAGAUGGGUCAGAUGGACCAUGGAGGGCCCCAGCCCGUAGGUAUGGGUCAGCAGCCCAUGGGGGGCCUCGGUGGCCAGCCAGGCAUGGGCCAACAACCCGGCAUGGGUCAAGGUCGUGGACCGGUGGCCAUGGGACCUCCUCGUGGCGGCCAAGCUAUGAACCCACUUCAACAGCUUAUUCAAACCCUUAAGAGCCCAUCUAGCCCACAGCAACAGCAACAGGUACUGUCCAUUCUCCGAGCGAACCCGCAGCUGAUGGCUGCCUUUAUCAGACGCCAGCAAAAUCAUCAACAGAGUCAACAGCAGCAACAGCAGCAGCAACAACAACAACAAAAUCCGCAGGGUCAACAAGCAGGCGCUGGACAGCCGCAGAUGGGCCAGGGCGUCGGUGCGGUAGGGGUGAACCCCCAGCAAGGUGGUAUGGUUCCAGGCGCACCCCAGGUAGGCGGUCAACAGCAGCAACAGCAGCAGCAACAACAGCAACAACAGCAAUGGGGCUACCAACGGCCGCAGAUGGGCCCUGGCCAGCAACAGCAGCAAAUGAUGCAACAGCAACGGUUUCCCGGACCUGGCCCCCAGCAGGUCAUGUAUCAACAAAGAGUUGGAGGACCUCAACAGCAGCGUGUAUAUCAUCAGGGCCACCAACAGUUUCAGCAGUCAUUAACAGGCUAUCCGGGUCAGAAUCAACAGGCUAUGGGCUCACCAAUGGGCGCGCCGAUGAUCAAUUCGCCACCGCCAAACAUGGUCACCCGAAGUCCACAGCCACAGCCAAGCCCACGACCAUCACCUUCGCCGCGCGGCGGUUACGUAGGCGGCGGCGGCGGAAUGGGCGGAGGCGGUGGACCAGAUGACGCCCUAAUGGGCGGUCACAUGGGCGCCCACAUGGGUCAGCAGCCAGGGCCAUCCGACCAGGGUAUGGCUGGCCACGCCACACAUAUGGAAACCGACCAAAUGGCGGCAGCUAUGCAACAACAGCAACAGCAGCAGCAGCAACAACAACAGCAGCUCACUCCGCAGGAACAGCUAAAUAAGUUUGUAGAGAAUCUGUAAAUUCGA